CAAUUGAAACUGACAUUAUAAAUUUGAGACAUCUGCUACCUAAAUCUUUUACGUUUUUACAUUUAGUUGACUGUGUCGACUGGAGUACUAUUGUUAGAUGAUUAGCCUCAAGAUGCUGCUCGCGGAGUAAGGAACAGAUGUGGAAGAAAACAUCGACUGUUAAGAAAUGGCAGUUGACGAAACUAACCGGAAGGAUGGUAUAGAAACGUUCAUUGUCAAUCAAACACGAGAGGAUGAUGGAGGGGAAGACACUGAGAAAAAGGCGCGAAAAAACAGCCUCGUUUUAGCCACAUUUUUGUUGGAACUGAUAAUACUUGUUUUCAUGGUUGUGUUGGAAUACUUUCUCAGAUGGACGACACUGUUCCCGAUCGUUCGACUUUCCUUCUCCUGCAAUGAUCCGUUAAUCAGCGUCCGGUCCGCCGAGUCCGGCUUCUCCACCUUUAUCUACGAGGGUAGUGUGCCCCACGCCACGAUCUAUGCCCUGAGCUUCUGUGUUCCUCCUUUCGUUGUACUUGUAGGUGAGAUUGGGGUUUGGGCCUUUACUGACGAGAGGCAGAAACCAAUCUGGUUGUCUUGCAAUGGUAUGAAGGUUCCGCAAGUUGUUAGAAGACUCAUCAGAUUUACAGGAGUAUUCGUAUUCGGGGCGUUCACAGUGAUGGUGUUUGCAGACGUGACGAAGCUGUUGACGGGUCGACUCCGCCCAGUUUUCCUGGAGCUAUGUCGUGUAAACCACACGCUUUGUGACGCGCAGGGCGGUCAAGGAAGUGACGAACUCUGUACCGAGACAGACGAAAUGAUGCUUAGAUACGCCAGAACCUCCUUCCCGUCGAUGUAUUCCGCAUUGUCGGCCUACUCAGCAGUAUUCUUGGCGAUCUACCUGCACGGCGCCCUGCGCACUCGUUCCGUGCGCAUCAUCCGACCGUUCCUGUCGCUGGCGUUUGUCAUGCUGGCGUUGUUGUGCGGACUACUAGAGUACGGAUUGAGGGUGUGUCACUGGGAUGACGUAGUCGUCGGUCUGGCCAUGGGCGUGGCCGUCGGAGUCUACUUUGGAUCGGCCAUUCUCCACAACUUCCGGGAACACGUGCCGGAAAAGAUUGUUUUGUCUCUUCUACAUCGCUUUCUAUUAGAUAACCAGAUAUUAGAGGCACUCAUAAAAGAGAGUGGGCAACUUAAACUUCCGGAAAACAAAGACUUAUACAUUCCAAGAGCACAUAUGAGACGGACAUCCGGUUUGGAAGAUGAUGACACAAAACAGAGAGCCCGGAUGUAUGACCACUUUCAACGCGAUUUAUCGACAACAGUCGAUCACUUCCGUGAGAGGAGGAAUUCGCAAAUGGAUCCUACCACGCAGUUGUGACGUCAAUAAGAAGAAGUCGAUUAAGUAAUGAUGGCAUUAACGACAAUUUAAUUCGGUGUUAUGUACAUACGCUUUUAUCGUCUAUUAUAGUUUUAUGUAUAGUGUGACUGUUAUGGUGCUGUUCCUGUAGAGGAGCACGGUAUAAUCAGCACAAUUAUUAUAGAUAGUUUAACCAUAAACAUGAGGAUCAUCUUAAGCCCAUACAACGUAUUUAUGUUCCUAUGUUAUUAAGAGUCAUGAUGACAGUAUGAUCUAACAUACAUAUGCUCCCGAUGUCAAAUUUUGAGGUAAUCCGCUCCUUUGUCAGAAAAAAAGUCAUCAAAUAGUUGCAUUACAUGCACACACAAGGAUCAACUUAACUAUCACUUCUGAACGGUAGCAUUAGUGUAUAUAAAUAUAUCCCUUCGGCUGACUUGUGUCUAGACUGCUCACUUAUGUCAUAUUUUUUCGAUAACUGGUCGUUAUCAUAGACUUAAUCCUUACCAUUACAAGCAUAUCUACGGUACUCAUCUAUAAUAACAUUUUACUGUCUUGAAAUUUGAAAUAAGUCUACUUUCAUAUCGUUUUGAAUGACUGGUGCUGUGCGUGGCUUUCCUGCCCCCUGCCCCCUUUAUUUUAUUAGAUUCCUUUUAGGGCCCCACAUCUGUUCACACCCUCUCCAUAUGACCUUAUCUAGUUCCAGGACGCAAAGCAAAACCCUGAAAAAAAACCCAAUCAAAACAAAAGGCAUACACAGAAAAUAUAUAGGCGUUUAUGCUAGGAUGACAGCGUACCUGUCUCCCUUUGCGUCUUUGUGUGGGCCCUUGUUUUUUCACGAUCUAUUUUUUUUAUUGCAUCGAAGAAAAGUGCACACACUGUCAAAAGUUUGCUUUCAAGUUGUCAUAUUUCUCUGCACUCCAUCCAAUGACGCUUACAUGAUUACUGUAGUUUGCCUUGUAGUGUUGUGUAGCUUUAUAUCAAUUUUACAUGUGAUUGUCGCUACAAAGUGGCCGAUUGCCAUGAAAAUUUUAUAAUUGUUAUUGUUCACACUUUAUGCAUGGUUAUUAGGUUGUUUUCGUUCAGUAUAAUAUGUCUCAAUCGCUGUCCCAUACAAGUAGCACUCGUCGUUUCUUAACACAUUCACCCCUACAGACACAUUUGAACUCUUCUAAUUCAAAAGUUGGACUAGUUCAUUAUGAAAUUUCAGGGAUGAAUAAGUUAAAAGAAGAGCGUUUCGUUCUGCAGCGUUAUCAUCUAAUGUCUGUACCGUCGCCAUCACUGGCGUCUAGACACAUUGGUACAGUGCUAUUUGUUUCUUUUUCAGCCAAAUAUGUGAAAUUCAGAAAACAUCGUUAUAUCAAUAUAUAUGACUUGAGAAACCAAAAUGAAUUAUUGCCUCUACUACAAAACUUGGGACCGUGAUAUCUUCUCUUGUGACGUACCCAAUUUCUUGGCCGUGUCUCUCAAAGCACCUCUGGUAAGCCCGUAGUAAGGGUAAUGUGACUGAAUGGAGCGUCAUGGUACCAUUAGGGCAUUUCAUUAAGAUGUCCCUUCAGGGACCCUAUCAUCUAUUUACACUCUCUCCAUAAAAAGCAUACUCUCCAUGGGUUUCCCAAUUUAUUAAACAUGUUGGAUUCAGCAUUAACUAAAAUAAUAAAGCAAUAAUAAUAUAAUAAAGGAAUGCCAUUUUCGUAAACGUUGUAGUUGAUUUAACAUUGUGUACUAUUGAGUGAAUCUUGGUUGAAUCAGUUGGAGAUAUACAACGAAAUAUAUAUACGAAUAAACAUCAUCCCUCAAUCAAUAUCCUUGCUCUCUGAACGGUACAAUCUAAAACAUCAUAACGUCAACAUUUUGAUUAACGAUUCGUUUGACAAGUUGUUAUUGUUGUCAGAGAAUUGGUGGUGUUUUAUUUCUGCUAAUCAAUAUGGAUAUGACCGAUAGUCACUGAGCCAAAUCAUAACAUAUCGACAAACCAUGUUAUACUUAUCAAUUAUACUUAACAUUAAAAUUC